AUGUCGUCAGAAAUUCCCCUCCAAGCUAAAUCUUUUGAAGGAAUUUGGUCAACUCAACUCUCAGAUACCGAAAGGGUGUCCUUCGCUCAAAGCAUCAAGGCGGCUUUAAGUCGAGCCAUGGGUCAGUUUCCCAUACAAAGAGAUGAUCGGGCAGAAGCAUCCGUGUAUCUUUCGAAGACAGAUACGCUUCGAGAUGAAGUUGAUGUCAAGGGAAGUGAAGAAGAGGAGAAUGAGGAAACCACGGACGAACUGGAUGCGAGACUGAACAAAGCAAUAAUGAGAGAAUCUUCGAAUAUGCAUGUUUCACCCAAUAGAAUUUCAUAA